GUAAACAUUUCAAAGAACAUAAGAUCUUCCUACUAAAAGAAAGAUAGGAGAAAGUGGCGAGAUCGGAGUCCAAAUUGCUUGAAAUCCUCGCAGGAUCAGCAAUUAGAAAGCAACAAAGCAGAAUCUGCGAAUCUUCAAGAGGUCAAUGGUAUUUGGUUCAAGUUCGGGUUUGAUUUGGAUCGCGCUUGAAUUGGGUUGACAUGUAAAAACCAUAGUUAUUAAAGGCAAGAGGCUCGAGGCGGGCAAGAGGACCUUUUUUGAGGUGAAAGGCAAGGGGAUUGGCGGGUGGUCAAAAGGCGAACAAGUGAAUUCCACAAAAAAAGAACAGAUUUGGAAUACUGAAAAUAAAAAAUAGUAUUUACAGUAUGACUGCAAGCAUAGAGGACCUCAGCCACGAUUUACUGGAAGAGAUUCUUCACCGGCUCUCCUAUAAAGACUCACGGGGAUGCCUGUGUGUGUGCACGACUUGGUUGCUUUUAGUGUCGCAGCCUUCCUUCCUCAAGAGACUCAUGGCCUUCAACCGUCUUAAUAAUCAGGUUCAACAAGAACCUUAUCUCAUCUUGAACCUCACUGACCAAAACAACUACAUGAGUAAUGAGUUUGGAGGAGGUAUAUGUCUUGAUCAGGAGGAAGAAGAUAAAGACUCAAAGGCUCGUGUUCUCAACAGGUCGCUUGAUUUUCUUCCAAAGAGGGAAGGGGAAGUGAUGCGGGUUUUGAGGGUAUCGGGUGAUUUGUUCCUCUGCGGUCACUCCAAGAAGAGGAGUUGUCCCCCUACGCGGGCUCAUUCCGGUGACGGUAAAGAUUACUACUACAUUUGUAACCCAAUAACAAGGCAAUGGGUUGCUCUUCCUCCUCGAUCUCGCGCUUACGGGUCAAACUUUCAGUUCUAUUCCCCCACCAACUUCUACGAAGAAGACCCGCACGAUAGUAUUUACAAUCCAGAGUAUGAGUACAAUGUAUUGAUUAUGGUUGAUGAGAUGCCAAGCAAUACCCGUUCUCGUUCUCGUUUAUCGGUGAAUGUUGAGUCCUUUUCCUCAAAGGUUGGGAAAUGGAGGACUUUGGCUUUGCCGAUCCCUCGAGGCUUCUAUUUCAGACACCGUUUUUGGCUACAAGAGAGUUGUCUCCACGAGGGCGUUUUGUGGUAUUGCAACAUAAGGCACAUCAUCAAGUACAACAUCAAAGAUUUGGAGCAGGACCCGGUACUCUUCGAUAUACCUCUUGGCUUUAUUGAUUCUGAUGUAAGAUGUGUUACCAUUGGGGUGUGCCGUGGGCGCUUGCGCCUGGCUGGGCUCUUCCCUCCCCUUGACAAUGUGGAUGGUGUGGCAUCUGAUCUGAUGGUAUGGGAUCUCGAUGAGGAAGAGGACGGGUGGAGGAAAUGGGCUUCAGUACACAUGUUCUCUCUAAGGGACAUGUGCUUGAACACGGCGCUCAAACCGGACCAAAUAUCUGUAAAAGACAUAUUUGUCCAUCCCACAAAUCCUGACAUCGUCUUUGUGGAGCACAAGCAAGGCAUUGUGGAGUGUAAUACUCGCAUGAGAGUUUUCAAACAUCUGCAACAGGCGGCGAUGAGAUACACGGCUUCUAUGGGGAGAGUGUUCUUGAUGAUGCCGCCAUCGUAUCCCACCCCAGUUCUGCCUGUGAACAAUAAUAUGAUGCAGGAGGAGAAUUGCUUUUAUGAUCCUCCUGUACUUCCUGUGGUCACUAGCGUUUGGGAACAGGUUGAUUUUUUUAGUGCAUUAAGAAAAGAUACACAGGUUGUUUAGAGACUGAUGUUGUUGUAAUUUGUGUUCUUCUGUACCCAACCUGUAUGGAUCGAAUUGUCUUUGUUCAUUGUUUUUUUUCUUUUCUUUGUAAAAAUAAUAAAGAAUGAUUUGUUGCUUGAGGAAUACAAGGUAACGAAUAUA